CCCGGAGGAAGGAACCCGGAAGUGUUGCUAUGGCGGCGGCAGCGCAGGGGGGUCUGGUCGGCAGGCUGGUCUCGGUGCUGGAGACUUACCGGGGCAGAGACCGAGUGAUCCGCACCCUCUGCUAUGGCUGCCAGCUGACAGGAGGGGCCCUGGCCAGAAAGGACCCUACCCAAGCACCACUCGGGUGCAGCCUGCUGGCCCUCGCGGAGCAGCUGAGCCACUGCCGGACCGUCCUGCGGCUCUUCGAUGACCUGGCCAUGCUGGCUUACAGCUGCCAAUACGGGCUGGGGGCCAAAGAGGAGGACUUCGCCGUGCGCUGGCUCUCCGUCCUCAACAACCUGGCCGACCAGCUCUACUACCCCUGCGAACACGUGGCCUGGGCUGCAGACGCAGAGAUCCUCCGGGCCGACUCGCAGAAGUGGUGGGCGCUGAGCACGGCUCUCUGGGGGGCAUCUCUGCUCCUGGGGAUCGCUCGCUCUCUGCGAAUCCUGGCCCAGCUCAGAAGAAAACUGCAAGGGCAGGACAGCAACAGAGUGGCGGCAAGGGCCAAGGAGCUGAAGGCCCAAGCCACAGCAGAAGCCCUGACGAUCCUCAGCAACGCGUCCGAUCUGGCCAAUGCUAUCCACUGGCUGCCCCCGGGGCUGCUCUGGGCUGGGAAGUUCCCCCCUUGGCUGGUCGGCCUCCUGGGGACCGUCUCUUCUCUGGCCGGGCUCUACCAAACCUACGCGAAGGGCGGCGCUGGGAUGGCGUGAGAAGCCGAUUCGGGCAUGCCGGCUGGCUGCAAUGCCACAAUUGCGGGAUUCUUCCAGGCGAAUGACAGAGUGCUCAGAGGGACGCAACUGGUGAGCUCUAGACAGCACUCAAGAUGGCAAGGACUGAAGCCACAUCCAGGGGAGGUGGGGGUCAUCCCCCCCCUUCUCACAAAGAGUCCCAGCUGGGGACAACUGUGCAGUUCAAGUGACUGGCCGGGGGGGGGGGGCAGGGGAACACAACCUCCUCCUUGUACAAUACAGAGGCUGCCCACCCCCUGUGACGGGGAGGGGACGGCUGCUCACUGGGUGACAGAUCAGAGCCAAUAAGAAUAAAGAGCAAGACUGACAAACCA